UCUCUCUCUCCCUCUCUCGAAAUCCCUCUCCCUCUUUCCAUUUUCCUCCCCCUUUUCUCCUCGCCCUCGCCCGAGGGGAUCGAUCGCGCGCGAUUUAAUCCCCUCCCUUACGAAAUCCGCGAGCGACCGAGAUCGCGGCGAGCCCGGCCCGGCGGUAAUGGCGGUGGAGGAGGUGGCCGAGAGCUGCGGCAGCCACGCGGCCGCGGCGGCGGGCGGCGGAGGAGGCGGACGCGGAGGCGGAGGCGGGGGGUCCUCGUCCCCGCCGGGCGCCGCGGGGUCCGGGGCCGGGGCGGGGGCGCAGUCCAGGAAGCAGCAGCAGCAGCACCACCACAAGCUGGAGGUCUACACCGAGGUGCUGGCGCGCCUCCACGCCGCCGAGGAGCGCGCCCCCGGCUUCGACGACGACCUCUGGAGCCACUUCAACCGCCUCCCCGCGCGCUACGCGAUGGAUGUGAACGUGGAGAGGGCGGAGGACGUGCUCACGCACAAGCGCCUCCUCGAGCUGGCCAAGGAUCCGGCGCAGCGCCCGGCCUUCGCCGUGCGGGCCGUGCAGGUAUCUCCAAUUGUUGAUGGGAAUCAGACUGAUGCUGAUUCACACACUGCAGGGGAGGAAGUUGCUUCAAGGCUGUUGAAUAGGCAACAAAGCAUCCACCCUCCUCCUGCUUUCGGUUCAUCUACAAACCUUGAGGCCCUUGCGCUUGAAGCUAGUAAGUCGCAAGGCCAAGAUCAGGAUAGCACCUCAGAUAAUGUUCGAUCUCUCUACAGACCCAUGCAUGAAAUUACGUUCUCUACCAUUGACAAACCAAAGCUUCUCAGCGAGCUGACAUGUCUGCUUGGUGAGAUUGGUCUCAACAUUCAAGAAGCACAUGCAUUUUCGACAAAUGAUGGCUACUCACUUGACGUGUUUGUUGUUGUUGGUUGGCAUGCUGAGGAAACGGAGGAUUUAAUAGAAGAAUUAAAAAAAGAAAUCAGCAAGAUUGAGGAGACACAAGCAUGGUCUACAUCUCAUUCAUGGUCUUCUCCAGUUGAAAAUAUGCAGAUCGUGGAGAACUCAACAGCCGAUCAUGUUGCUAUACCUACAGAUGGUGCCAGUGAAUGGGAAAUUGAUAUAAAACUACUCAAUUUCGGGAAUAAAGUAGCAUCUGGGUCAUAUGGCGAUCUUUACCGGGGUACAUAUUGUAGUCAAGAUGUAGCUAUUAAAGUGCUCAAACCUGAGAGGGUAAAUGUGGACAUGCAGCGUGAAUUUGCCCAGGAAGUUUAUAUUAUGAGGAAGGUUCGUCACAAGAAUGUUGUGCAGUUCAUUGGUGCAUGCACUAAACCCCCAAGGUUAUGCAUAGUCACAGAAUUUAUGUCCGGUGGGAGUGUGUAUGAUUAUCUUCAUAAGCAUAAAGGUAUCUUCAAGCUCCCUGCCUUAGUUGGAGUUGCAAUGGAUGUGUCAAAAGGCAUGAGCUACUUACACCAAAAUAAUAUUAUUCAUCGGGAUCUGAAAACCGCCAAUCUUCUUAUGGAUGAAAACGGGAUGGUUAAGGUUGCUGAUUUUGGUGUUGCACGUGUUAAAGUUCAGUCUGGAGUAAUGACUGCAGAAACCGGGACAUACCGUUGGAUGGCCCCGGAGGUUAUAGAACACAAGCCCUACGACCACAAGGCUGAUGUUUUUAGUUUUGGAAUUUUGUUGUGGGAACUGCUCACUGGGAAGAUUCCUUACGAGUACCUGACACCAUUACAAGCAGCUGUAGGUGUGGUUCAGAAGGGAUUGCGGCCCACAAUACCAAAAAAUGCUCAUGCAAAGCUUGCGGAGCUCCUUCAGAAGUGCUGGCAGCAGGACCCUGCUGAAAGGCCAGAUUUCUCCGAGAUAUUAGAAGCUCUCAAGAAAAUAGCAGAGGAGGUUGGAGAUGAGCACGACGGAAAGCACAAGGACAAAAGCCUGGGGGGAUUCUUUUCGUCUCUGAGGGGGCGAGGACACUAAGGUGGCGCAGGCGUACAUGGUUUGCAAUCCAUUUGGACGGGCCUGAGCGAAGAUCAGCGCCUGUUUGUCAGCAUACCCCAGUGCCAGUACAUUGAGAUGGAUGCCUGCUGCAUCAGUGAACUGGGCUGGAUGGCAACUUUUCAGUUGUAGUUCCCACUCAUCGGCUGCAGCCAAUAGUUUUUUUUUGUCUGGUUAUUUACUUCCGGGUUCUAUUACAUGUAACAUAGGGAGAGAGUGCUUGUGGACUGUACAUUAUUUAAUCUGAUCUCCUCUAACAGGCUGUAACUUGCACAUGAAAUAAUAAGCCUAGCUUAGGGCGUGCUGUGAUUCUUUCA